CUAGAUGUCACUGAGAUGUCACAGUCGGUGAAGACCUACUUUGCUUCUUUCCGUGUGCUGAUUCACCAUGUCUGUCUUUAAAACUGCUGAAUAUGGGUCUUGGAAAUCGCCAGUUUCUAGUGCAAUUGUAUCAGAAGGGAGCAUAUCACUCGCAGAAGUGCACGUAGAUUCUGCAGGAAGUAACAGUGCAGUGUACUGGUCUGAGCUGAGACCCAAGGAAGGGGGCCGAUAUGUUGUGUGCUCUGCUUCUGUUGGAGGUGAUGGUGGAGUUGAAAUACAAGAAUGGACCCCCCAAGGUUUUAAUGCAAGAACCAGAGUCCAUGAAUAUGGAGGUGGUGCUUUUAUUGUGCAUAAUGAUGUGGUAUACUUCUCAAAUUUUGCUGACCAGAGGUUGUACAAACAAACUAGCCCAAGUGAACCCCCUCAACCACUCACUCCAGAGGGCUGUGGUUGGAGAUAUGCUGAUGGGCAGUUUUCUGUGAAACUGAACUGUAUUUUCUGUGUGCGGGAAGACCACAGUGGUGUUGUGAACAAGUCCAGGAAAGAGGCGGAAAAUGCUGUAGUUGUUAUCAAUCUAGAAACACAGGAACAGAAAGUGUUGGCUAGUGGAGCAGACUUCUAUUCCUGUCCCAGAGUGUCACCAGAUGGUACAAAGUUAUGCUGGAUGCAGUGGUUUCAUCCAAACAUGCCGUGGGACAAUACUGAGAUAUGGAUGGCAGACUUAAUCGGAGAUCAAGUAGUUGCUGGCACUGCCAAAAAGGUAGCAGGAGGUGAGGGAAUUAGUGUGAUGUACCCUGGGUGGACAGUGGACAACCAGUUACUGUACCUUGGAGAUCAGACAGAGUGGUGGAACCUUUACACUGUGGUGCCAUCUGGUGAGCAUGUUAACUUGUCCCUGAAGGAAGAGGAAGUGGGGAAUCCUCACUGGACGUUUGCAAGAUAUGCAUAUGCCGUGGAUCCAUGUGGUAGUGGUAAAAUUGCUACUAUCUGUGGAGGGGAGUUGGGCAUCUUAGAUCCAAAAACAAAAACUACAGUGCCUCUGGAUACAGGGUUUAAGAACCAUUCUUAUGUCAACUACCUACAUGAUGGACAUAUUUGUUGUAUUGCGUCCAGCCCAACACAAUUCCCAUGUGUAAUUCGAGUCAAUGCUGAAUCUGGGAAGGUAGACAUAUGUAAGGAGUCUGCAAAGCUCCCUGUGGACCGUGGAUACAUCAGCAUACCAGAAAAAAUUACUUGGCCAACUGCCGGAGGACAGUCAGUAUAUGGAUACUUUUAUCUUCCUAAGAACAAGGACUUUCAAGCACCUCCAAAUAGCUUACCACCACUUUUAGUUCGUGCACAUGGAGGCCCUACUUCCUGUGCCUCCAGUGCCCUGAAUAUGAAGCAGCAGUACUGGACCAGCAGGGGAUUUGCUGUAUUGGACGUAGACUACAGAGGGAGCACUGGCUAUGGGAGAACCUAUAGAGGGCUGCUUAAUGGAAAUUGGGGUGUUUAUGAUGUUGAUGACUGUUGUCAUGGUGCUGAGUACUUGGCUGAUCAGGGAAAAGUUGACAGGAAUAAGCUGUGUAUUGAUGGAGGUUCAGCUGGGGGAUACACCACACUGGCAUGCCUGGCUUUCAGAGAUGUUUUCAAAGCAGGCUGCAGCUUUUAUGGUGUGGCUGAUGUUGCACUGCUUGCUGGAGAAACUCACAAAUUUGAGAGCCGUUAUUUGGACACCUGCAUUGCUCCAUAUACCCCGGAAAACUACCCAAUAUAUGAUUCUAGAUCUCCCAUCAAACAUAUUGAAAAAUUUAACUGUCCAAUUAUAUUCUUUCAAGGAGAUGAAGAUGAGAUUGUUCCACCAAACCAAGCAAAACUUAUGUUUGAUGAAAUCAAAGCCAAAGGCAUCCCUGCAGCACAUGUAUUGUUUGAAGGAGAACAACAUGGUUUCAGAAAGUCUGAAAAUAUAGAGAAAUGCUUAGAUGGGGAGUUCUACUUCUUUGCCAAAGUCUUUGGCUUUGAACCUGCAGACAAAGGAUAUCAGGUGGAGAUUGUAAAUCUUUAAAUACGAUUGCCUCCGAAAUAUCAAGAAAAUGCAAAUGGAUGGGGUAUUCCAGUGCUGCUAAAAGGUUUUUCCAGUCUUGCAGAAGCAAGAUAUGAGUUAAAUUUGUAAUGAUAAUAUUUUGGUGAAAUUAUGAGAUCAACCAACAACAUUUCAGUUAAUUGUUGUUGUCAAAAAAACUUACCAUUCUGGUGACUAGUGCACAUUUACUGAAAAUUUAAAAAUCAAGUGAAUGAAAGAUUAUAUUCAGCUUUGCAAGACAUUAAUAUAAUAUAAUGAUAUAAUACUUAUAUAAUAUGAUUAUGCUUUAGUUUUAUUUUGUAUUUUCCAUUACUAAAAAUCUUGGAUCUAUGUCACGACUGCAAGUCGGUUUUUAGGAAGAUUACGAAAUUAUUUAAAAGACAAAGGGCUGCAAGGAUGACAUCACAAGGCAUCAUAUUUUGGAUAAUACGAAAGUUUUCUGUAAAAUGCUUGAAGAACGCUAGAUUUUCCAGUUCCAUUAUUCUGGGAUUUGCUCAUAUCACAGAUUGAUAAAAUGCUAAUGUAGAUGAACCCAAGGUGUUUUAAAGGGAUAACAACCCUUCCCACGAGAUCCACGUUUCACUGAAAAUAAAUAAUUCUAUUUUACCACCAAAACAGUGUUUAUUGCAAUAAUU